GUGUGUGCGUGCGUGCGUUUACGUCUGUAGUUCCUCCUCCUUCCCUCCUUCGGUCUGUCUGUGUUCUCCGUCCACCGGCGAAAAUGAUCUGCCUUUUUCUGUCCAUGUUUGCCUACCUCUUCCAGUCAGGCUGGACCGGCGUGAACGAGCGCACCUUCAUCGCCAUUAAACCUGAUGGCGUGCAGCGGAAACUUGUGGGGGAAAUUAUGCAUCGCUUUGAGAAGAAAGGGUUCAAACUGGUCGGACUCAAACUUGUGCAGGCCUCUGAGGAUCUUCUGAAGAAACACUACUGGGACCUGAGGAGCAAACCGUUCUUCAGAGCACUCAUGAGCUACAUGAGCUCUGGACCUGUCGUAGCGAUGGUGUGGGAGGGGCUGGACGUGGUGAAGACGGGACGGAAGAUGUUGGGAGAGACGAACCCGGCUGACUCUCUGCCCGGAACCAUCCGAGGAGAUUACUGUGUGGAAGUGGGCAGGAAUGUGAUCCACGGCAGUGACUCGGUGGAGAGUGCUCAGAAGGAAAUCUCUCUGUGGUUCAGUCAGAGUGAGCUGCAGUGCUGGGAGGACAGCAGCAGACACUGGAUCUACAACUAGUGUGUUCCGGUGCUGCUCCUCCGUCCUGCAGGUGAAACUGUUCUUUUAACAUUAGUGUCAUUUCAAGGUGCACAUCACUGAAACUCAGAUGGAUAUUUUUAUGAAGUUUUACGCUGACAUGCUAGAUGUCACUCCUUUUUUUUUCAACACAAUGGUUUUCUGAACUACACGUCUUAGGUGGAGUGAGUUUACAAAGCGAGCAUGCACAGACCGAGCAAUAAUUUAAAAUAGUCGUGCUUCCUUUGAUUUGGUCACGUUUUAAUGUCACAAAAAUUAAAUGCACUUUGAUCGACAGGUGUGUAGAGAUUAUUCUAUCUUCUAAAUGUGCGAGGAGUUAAAGCUUUAAACCAGGUCUACACACGGCUGUCAGCUGUUUGAUCUUACAGGUACAAAAACGUUAAGAAAUAAAUCAAGCUCCAUAUAAAGCCAAAGAAAAGGUAGGAGGAAGAGGAGGUAAGAGAGUAGAAGUCCUCAAGAACUAGUUUGCGACGUCUGUUUUGUGCUGUCAAGAAUUAAAUGAAUGCAAUGAUUGUAAAGAACCCUGCAGGGUCUCUACAUCUUAAAUUACUUUGAUGAGAUGUUUCAACAUCCCAUUCAGAAGUUCAACCCAGCAAAAACAACGCACAUUGAAACCAUCUAGUUUUACUUGUUAAAGUAGAGCAAGUUUGAUGCAACAUUCAAAACGCCUAUUAAAACACAUCUAUAGAAAUACAACUACAUUCUGCUUCAGCUGAAGUUUGGUUAUCUGUCGCACUAGUUCAUGUUUACAAUAUUUGAGCAAUAAGCUUUACAUGAGAAGCAAUAAACCUUGUGGUCAUCAUGUUAUGACAGAUUGGUGUAAAUGUUGUUUUUGAUCCACUUCUGCUGAAAUUUGCACAUCAGAAACAAACAUUUGACCUCAUCAGACACACGUAGAGGGUUCUUCUGUCAUGAAAUCGAACAUCAUGAGAGCAAUUAACCAGCACUAGAUAAAUGAUUGCCUUUCUACAUGUUAGAUUUGUAUUUUUCUAUCAUUUUAAAUGUUUGUGUAAAACAGAUUAUCACCUCACAAGUGGGAUUACUUGAAUGCAGAGGUUUUAAAACACGAUGCUUUGAACACCAAAUUUAAAAACAGAACUGCACUGAGUUUUUUAGUUUCUGCCUCCCUGUGUUUUGUCCAGUGUGUGGUUUUGUUACAUUCAGGCUAAAAACUCUUUUAUGAUGUAUGAAAUUGAAUCCAAAGUGUCACAAACAAUAAAUCUUUGCAGGAGGUCCA